GUGACCAUCUGACGUGUUCGUUUCAAAACCAUUUCUCUGCGCUUCCGUUUGCCCACGAAAAUUUCUGUCACCAACCAUCUAUUCUCCGCCUCUGAAGACAUCAUCCCUGAUCCCAUUUUGUGUCCCACUGUUCACUUUCUAAUCCAAUUCUUCUGAAAUCCUGGCAUUUUAGUUCACUUUCACAAAGUAUUUUCUGGAAUCUGCGAAACCCAUUUCUUGUUUUGAAUUAGUUGUUUUUGGAGUUGUGUAAUUACAAGGAAUCAUGGCCAUGCAUGUUAGCAGUGCAUGCUUUUCUGCAUUCAGUCACAGCAGAGUUCAAAGAACAAGAGCUGUUGCUUCUGAGGACUUCACUGCUUUGAAAUCAGAGAAAGAGAAGGUGAAGCUUGGGGGCUCAGAAUUGAAGGUCACAAGGCUUGGGAUUGGAGCCUGGUCUUGGGGUGACACCAGCUAUUGGAAUAACUUUGAAUGGGAUGAUAGAAAAUUGAAGGCUGCUAAGGCUGCGUUUGAUGUUAGUGUUGAUCGUGGGAUAACUUUCUUUGAUACUGCUGAAGUUUAUGGCUCUAGGUUUUCAAUGGGUGCAAUAAAUUCAGAAACUCUACUGGGAAGAUUUAUCAGGGAAAGGAAGGAAAAGGAUCCAACAGUGGAGGUUGCUGUUGCAACCAAGUUUGCAGCUUUGCCAUGGAGACUUGGCCGUGAGAGUGUACUUAAUGCCCUAAAGGAUUCCCUCUGUCGCCUUGGACUUUCUUCAGUAGACCUGUAUCAACUCCAUUGGCCCGGAAUAUGGGGAAAUGAAGGGUAUAUUGAUGGUAUUGGAGAUGCUGUUGAGCAGGGCCUAGUGAAGGCUGUUGGUGUUUCAAACUACAAUGAAAAGCGACUGCGUGAUGCAUACAACAAGCUUAAAAAGAGAGGUAUCCCACUGGCCUCAAACCAAGUCAAUUACAGCCUCAUAUAUAGGGCACCGGAGGAGAACGGUGUGAAGGCUACCUGUGAUGAACUUGGGAUCUCUUUGAUCGCAUAUUCACCUAUAGCUCAAGGCAUUCUUACGGGAAAGUAUUCACCAGAAAAUCCACCAACUGGUCCUCGAAGGCGGAUUUAUACUCCUGAGUUUCUAACAAGGCUCCAGCCGCUACUGAACAGAAUCGGAGAAAUAGGAGAGGGCUACAGUAAAACUCCCACACAGGUGGUUCUUAACUGGCUAAUAGCCCAGGAGAAUGUUGUGCCAAUACCAGGAGCCAAAACUGCAGAACAAGCUGAGGAAUUUGCAGGAGCACUUGGCUGGAGGCUUACUGAUGAAGAAAUAAAUGAGCUGCGCUCUUUGGCCUCGGAGAUUAAACCUGUAGUUGGUUUCCCUGUUGAGAAAUUGUAAAGUUUAUACAAACAUGAAAAAAUAAAUCUCUUAUUCACUAAGCUCUGAAAGAACACUUCUUACAUCAAUUACAAACGUUAAUAGAUUUCACUUCUGUAUAUGAAUCUCACUAAGCAAAUGGGUACUGCAAUUUAUACAGGCUUACAAGAUAUACGACCUUUCAGGAUUUGGAACUGGAUUUAGACUGAAAUUCUGUAUCAUAGGUUGGUGAUUCUAUUGGAAUGAACCUUUUUUAUUUGAAAAAUUCUGCUUU